CACUCCAAGUAUGACAAGCCCUAUGCAGACCCAGUGCAUGAUCCCACCUGGACCUGGUGGCGAAGGAAAAGAAAGGACAAGGAUUACUUCUUUUACCUGUUCAGCAACAGGCUGGCGGCAGAAGGCAUAUACAUCAACAUGGACUCCUACCAAAAGCUCUACAAUGUGUCGGUUGACCCUGGAAUUCCCGAACUUGUCUAUUUAGACAAGGGCAACUGGUUCAGCUACACUGUGGUCUUAAUGUCCCAUCAGGACACCUUCACGAGCUCUGAUACCCAAGGAGCCACUAUUAAUGUGGAUAAGAAGCUGGCAAUGGCUGUGGUAGUGGCAGAUCCGGACUGCGUUUCUGCAAGUUUGACUCAUGAAGUCAAACUUAAUCGCAACACAGUGCUCAGCAAGAUUAAAGUCAUGGAUAAAAAGAGAUGUGCUGAACAGGGCAUGGUUGGACAGAACAUCAAGAAGACUUCUGUAACGAUCAAGCUCUUGGGUGCGACUGGGAAAUGCUUCCAGAACACAUACCUUGGGACACGCAUUCGAGUACUGGAAUUUGGGUACUGGGUCUGGUACUGGGGGCGGAGGGUUGGUUCAAGUCCCCAGAGGGCUGGUUCCUGUUGCUGUCCUGGGAGCACUGUAAAUCCAUUCAGAUUUUAAAAGUACAUGUAUGAGUAUUUU